AUGCUUCCCUCAUCAUCAGCAAGCAUAAUGUCCUCGCUACAUAGCUCAGACCGCGACAAAAAGCAACCGCUUGAAUAUGAGCUUGAAGCAGGGAUCCCUGAAAGUGACUCCGUAUCUGCACAUCUCAUCCAUCGCACAGAAAACUUGAACCGAAGCCUAAGUCCCAGAGUCAUUAACAUGAUCACCAUUGCUGGGGUUAUAGGAACAGGUUUGUAUUUAGGAACCGGGAAAAUGUUGGCAACUGGUGGGCCAUUGAGUUUACUUUUGAAUUACAUGAUCAUUGGAGUGGUGGUGUUCUUCAUGAUGCUUUGUCUUGGAGAAAUGUCAGCACAAUACCCCGUAAGUGGGUCAUUCACAACUUACGCCAAAAGGUUUGGUAGUGACUCGUUAGGAUUUGCUAUUUUGAUCAACUACUGGUUCAAUGAUUGUUGUAGUGUGGCUGCUGAUUUGACUGCAUUGCAACUAGUUGUUCAAUACUGGACCGACUUCCACUGGUAUGUGAUCUCCAUCAUAUUUUGGGUAUUUUUACUAUUCUUGAAUGUAAUUCAUGUGAGAGCUUACGCAGAAGCUGAAUAUUGGUUGGCCCUUCUCAAAGUUGUCACCAUUAUCAUAUUCUUUAUUGUCAGUAUCAUAUGUAAUGCAGGAAAGAACCAAAUGCAUGAAUAUAUUGGAUUCAGAUACUGGAGCUACAAGGAUGCGCCAUUUGUGAAUGGAUUUAGAGGUUUCAGUUCAUUGUUUGUGUCUGCAGCUUACGCGUUUGGUGGUUUGGAAUCUGUUUCGUUGACUGCUGGGGAGACAAAGAAUCCAAAUAAGACAAUCCCUAAAACAGUCAAGGCCACUUUUAUUAGGAUUAUCAUCUUUUACGUUUUCACUGCAUUUUUCAUUGGCAUGAAUGUCCCCUACGAUUAUCCAAAUUUGCUGACAAAGACAGUUGCUGUAUCGCCAUUCACAAUUGUUUUCCAACAAGUUGGCACUAAGUCUGCUGGUUCAUAUAUGAAUGCUGUCGUACUUCUAUCUGUUUUGUCAGCUGGAAAUCAUGCUUUGUUUGCUGGUUCAAGAUUAGCAUACAACUUGAGUACUCAAGGAUAUAUCCCAAAAAUAUUUUUGCCACUCAAUCGUUUCCAGAUACCAUAUGUUGCUGUUAUUGUGACUUGGCUUAUUGGUGGUUUGUGCUUUGCUUCUGCAUUUGUAGGAACUGGUGAACUAUGGGCAUGGUUGCAGUCGAUUGUAGGAUUGUCCAACUUGAUUUCCUGGUGGGUCAUUGGAGUGGUGUCUUUACGUUUCAGAAGAGGAUUGUCAAAGCAAGGUAGAACCCAUGAACUAUUGUUCAAAAACUGGUCAUACCCAUACGGACCUUUAUUUGUGGUUGUCUUUGGUGGAUUCAUAAUUUUAGUUCAAGGAUGGUCAACAUUUAGCCCGUUUAGUGUUAAUGACUUUUUUCAAUCUUAUUUGGAAUUGGGUGUGUUUCCAGUUUGUUUCUUAUUCUGGUGGUUUAUAAUAAAGCGUGGCAAGGAUAAAUUUGUACGUGCAGCUGACAUGGAUUUUGAUACAGAUCGAUACAUCGAAUCACCAGAAGAGCUAGAAGAAGAGCAACAUGCCAAGUCAUUAAAAGGGUGGCCCAAGUUUAAACACAGCUUUGCUGAUAACUUUUUAUAA